AACAAAACCAGUUCGAAAUUAACUGCGACUUCAGUGCUGCAGUAACUGUAAAAGUGGAAAGUAUUUAUAGUUGUUUGCAAGAAAAACAAUAGAUAGUUUUAUUUCAGAAAAUGUUGAACUCACAGAAUCUGUGGGUUACAUUAGCUGCCCUAUUGGUCAUCAUUGCGAUACCGGAUGUGGCAUCAUAUUCAAAAUACGGAAGAAGUUGCAAGGAUAUUGGAUGUAGAAAAGAUGAAGUAUGCGUAAUAGCUGAAGAUCCUUGCACAGUUUCAUCAGACAAAUGUGGCUUUUAUCCAACUUGCAAAAAAACUAGCAACAGCGAGAGCAGUUGCUCGAGCAUCAUUUGUGACAAAAAUGAAUACUGCAGAACCGAAAACGAUGUACCAAAAUGUGUAAGCAAGGUUUCAUCUAAUGGGUUCCAAUCGGCGGGUGUCGAUGUUGUGAAUGGUCAACAAGUGAGCAAUAGCGAUACUAAUAAACACACGAAUACCAACUCAAAUCCGUACGCUAACGCGAAUGCACCUCCAGCCCCUGCUGAUCCUGUACCGGGGGGUACAGGUUAUCAUCAAGUUAACACUGGUACCAAUAUCGGUUACCCUCCUUAUCCCAGCAAUGUAGGAUCUUCAAAUAACAACAACGGCUAUCCUCCUUAUCCAUCAACGAAUCAAGGGAAUCAUCCGCGAACGGAUAAUCUCGGUUAUCCACCCUAUCCAACUAUGAACAGAAUGCCGCAACCUGGUCAAGGAUAUCCUGGUCAAGGUUAUCCCCCAUAUCCAGGACAAUCUGGAUACCCACAAGCAGGGUAUCCUCAACAACAGUAUCCAAAUGGUCAACGAUAUCCAGUAGGACAAUAUCCUGGUUAUCAGAAUUAUCCAAAUCAGAAUCAUCGAGGAUAUUCUUACAAUUCAAAUUCUGUAUAUCGUAAAAAUGGUAGCAACAUCGGACAGUCUGCAUCUUUUACAACUGUUUGCUUGAUUACUUUAUCUCUCAUUCUUUAUAAUCGAUCGUGAUUAUAUAUAACAACUUCCUGAUUUUUUUUUUUUUUUAAAUAAUAAUAAUAAUAAUCAGUGCAUUGCGCAAAUAUGUUCAACGCAGAUACAUUUUUGUCUGUAAUAUUUUAAUCAUAAAUUAUAAAAAGAGUCAAACAAAGUUUUUAAUUUUAAA